AAGCAUCAGUAAAAGCGCGCGGAAAGUGUAUGUUUCAAAACUCCGCUCAGAAAACCAUAUUUGUUAUUGUAAAUAAUAUUCCCUUAGAAGUUUGGAAUAUUUCCCGCGACAAUUUUUUUUUCGGUGAAAUUUCAUACCGUUUUGCCACAAAAAAAAAAGAGGAAACCAAAACAACGGAAAUAGUUAAUAACAAAGUGCGUGAGCCUUUUUUUUAUUAUUAUUUUUCGUGUGUGUAAGAGCGGUGAUUUGGCGCUGUGUGUGUGUGUGUGAGUGUAUUGUGCAUCUCACUGUUACUUGUGGUCGUGUAGGUCAAGGUGAAGCAGCUGCACCGUUAGUUUUCCACCCAUUGACUAUGCAGUUUUCAAUCGCAAAUGCAUUUGAUAUUAUGCAUAUGUGUGUGCAGAAACCCUAAAAAGUCAAUAUUGCAGUUAGUAGCUCUCUUUCGCACUGCCCACCCUGCCUGCCUCCCAACCACCCUCCCUCCCGCUCGCACCUCAUCGAGUGAGAUAAGCACUAGAUAAGCAUGUGUACUGUCAAUUUAAUGUGGCAGCACUAGCAGCUGGCAACGUGCAGCAGUAACAACAAAAACAUAAAACAACACCGGAUUGUGCAACCUGCAACUUGCAACACAAGCGGCAAAACGGCGUUUCUACCGCAGCGUCGCCUCUUCGGCGGCGGCAAUGUGCCCCCCUCGGCGACCAUGAAGCAUCAGCCGCCGCCCCCGCCACUCCCGCUCAGCCAACCGCCCACGAUGGGCGCUACAGCGGCGGGGGGCGUGGCCAGCGUCAUAAGCACGAUGAACGGCAGCAGCAGCAGUGGCAUUGAGGCGGUUAAAUGCCGACCACCCAUUUACCCCAAACCUAAAACGCCGUCGUUCGACAAGGAUCGCGAUUACAUAGGCUUUGCCACGCUUCCAGAGCAAGUGCACCGGAAGUCGGUGAAGCGGGGCUUCGAGUUCACCCUCAUGGUGGUCGGCGAGUCCGGACUGGGCAAGUCCACGCUGAUCAACAGUCUCUUUCUGGGCGAUCUCUACAAGAACCGGCAGAUGCCCAAUGUGGAGGAGCGCAUCGAGAAGACGACGAAGGUGGAGAAGAAGACGAUGGACAUCGAGGAGCGGGGCGUCCGGCUCCGGCUGACGGUGGUGGACACCCCGGGAUUCGGGGAUGCCAUCAACUGUGAGGACAGCUGGCGCGUCUGCACCCAGUACAUCGACGAGCAGUUCCGCCAGUACUUCACCGACGAGAGCGGCCUGAAUCGCCGCAACAUCCAGGACAAUCGGGUGCACUGCUGCCUCUACUUCGUGCCGCCAUGGGGCCACAGCCUGCGACAGAUGGACCUCGAUUUGAUACGGCGGCUGCACCGCAAGGUGAACAUCGUGCUGGUGAUCGGCAAGGCCGAUUGCCUCAACAAGCAGGAGGUGCGCAAGCUGAAGGAGCGCAUCCUGCAGGACCUGGAGGACAACCACAUCCAGCUGUAUCAGUUCCCCGAAUGCGACUCCGACGAGGACGACGACUUCAAGCAGCAGGACCGCGAACUGAAGGCCUCCAUUCCGUUCGCCGUCGUCGGCAGCAACACCAUUCUGGAGGUGGCCGGCAAGAAGGUCCGAGGGCGCCAGUAUCCGUGGGGCGUGGUAAACGUGGAGGAUCCGGAGCACAGCGACUUCAUCAAGCUGCGCACCUUCUUGAUAUCCACGCACAUGCAGGACCUCAAGGACACCACGCAGGACGUGCACUACGAGAACUUCCGGGCGCAGUGCAUCUCGCAGAUUUCGCAGCACGCGCUGCGUGAGCGCGGCAAGUUGAAGCGGGACUCGAUUAGCUCGACCAAUGGAUUCGACGCGGCCAUCUCGGAGACGGACAGGCUGCUCCUGCAAAAGGACGAGGAGAUAAGGAGGAUGCAGGACAUGCUCACCCAGAUGCAGGAGAAGCUCAAGCAGACCCAUCUCAUGGAGAUGAAGAAGAAUGACAGCGUGAUCGACGUCUAGGGAACGGAAAUGGGAACGUGUUCAAUUUUGCACCGCCAUAUAUGCAUCUACCUACUAUAUAGGACUUAUAUGGUGACCCAGAGAAAUCCUGGAGCAGCUGCAACCAAAUCGACUUUGUUUAUAAGCUAGCACAGACUUUUUAAAAACAAAAACAAAGACACCCAAUUAAAUUCAAACAAAAACAAAACUGAUUAAGACAACGACUCUCCCCCCCCAAAAAGCACAAAGAAUCCGACGAACCAAAAACUUCAGACAUCACACAGCCUUUUUCAAUUUUGUAGCUAAAGUAACGAUUUCGUUAAGAACUAACGAUUAAAUAGAACACGUCUAUCUCGAGACAUUAGAUAUUGAUCAACACGAUAACGAUAUUAUACCAAAGUUUAGGGAGUUUCAAAAACUUAACGCAAGUAAAUUGUUAAUGGAAAAGAUCAAGAAACCACAGAGGCACAUAGAAGUACCGAUAACGAUAAACGGAAAGACAUAGACAGAUCCCAAAAAUGUUUUAAUUUAUUGUACAAGUAUAAUUUUGAUAUAUUUGAUUUCCUUUUGUUUUGGUUUUAAAGAGCAAAACUUGAGAAUAGGUGAGUUAUAAGCAAGUUUGCUUUAUUUAUGUGUAAAGAACUUAUACCAUUUAUAUUGUAAGAAUAUAUCAGAUCGGAUGAUAUAGGACAAACCGCUGGAGGUUUUGGCACUGAAUUUCCAUGAAUCGACUUUCAGCAAGUUCCAAUUAUUUAUGCUAAUUACGUAUUAUCAGAUAUAUGUAUCUAUGAACAAAACCUAUUUUGUUGAAACGAAUUGUUAAUGAAUUUAUUUUAAAUUAAUCGAUUAAGCCUUCACGCAACAACCAUAAUAUUUAAAUGAAAUUAUAGUCGAAAAAUUAUAUAUAAACAUAGCGAUUGCUAAAAAUCGAUUUCAAAUAAAGAUAAAAACAAUUU